AUGUCCCUCUUCCUUCUAAUUGUUAUUGCCAGAAAACUCCAAGCGUCGCUUCGAGUUGAUUGAUUUUGAUCUUAUCUCUAUUCCAACGUUGUGCCGCAAAAAACGUGCAAGACAAAAUGGAUAACAUAACAGAAGAUCGAAGGAGGUUGCGAAGACCAACUGAUCAACGUGUGAUCCCAAUGACCACAUGUGUUCUUCUAGUCCUCAUGAUGACCAUAGUGACUGGCGGAGCAUCAAGUGUGGAGAUCCUGGACGCCUCCUGUCGGACAAACUCAAGCACUACUAGUAGAACGUUCAGCUUCGAGCGCCAAAUCUCCUGGCUCAAACAGGACUUCUUGGUCCGCGAAAUCGGCGGCCCCGACCAGUUGCAAGUCCGCUCCCUCUUCAACGAUCCCCAGAAUCUUCAAGCCUUUAGGAUCCUCGUCUCUGGUCCCCAAAAACGCGAAUUCUCUAUCGGUCUGGAGCUCGAACCUACUAUCAAUAAAGAGCUUGAAUGGUGUGGAUAUAAGCAGACCUAUCGAACAUCAGACGGGAUAGACUAUGACAUCGAUCCGCGAGGCUGGUUGACUGACCGCUGGACGAUCAAAAGAGGCCCGAUCUUGGCCGAGGAUUACGAAUGGAAACGGAAUCCGAUGGGGUUGGCGGGCCCUAUCAAAGACCAACAGGGCCGACACGUCGCCCAUUUUCAUGCCCGAACUUGGGGACACCAAUGGAUAGCAAUGUCCUGGCACAGCAAGAAUCCACACACCACCACUUAUACCAUCGUCACCAACGACGAGAUCCCGAUCGAAUAUCUCGUGGGCUUGUUCACCGUCGCGAUCAUCAGAAUGGACAAGUGUGGCAGAUAACUUUGCGCAGCUUUGGCUUCUCUUCCUCCCCUUCCGUUCCUUCAUGGGUGAUUCUUGGAUAGAUAUGUACCCACCGAUUAUCAUGACCGACUCAGCCCGAAAAAAAAAAUGUAUAACUUCGGCUGAUCGGGUGAAAUCGGGUGGUCUCACCCGGUGUGUGCUCCGCGGUACUUUGCACAGGCGGGGCCGGGCUUCGAGGAUCGGGGCAAAAAAAAAGUCGCGCGCGAGAAAAAAAAAAAAAAAAGUUCAGAAAUCAGCGCAAUCAUUUGCACAACAGCUGUAUGUGGAUCCACUGGAUCGUGAGAUAAGAUCCGACUUCAUAGUAUUAUGUACACACAAAACAAAAUGAAGAUAAAGGAUUGAAACAGAAUUGCCCCA